GCGGCACGCGUGUGUUUUGUUUCGUGCCCGGCGCUGCGCUGCGCUUGUUUUAUCGUGGGAUCGUCUUUAUAAACCCCAGCUCUCCAUCUCUUCUUCUCUUUGCUUCACUCCUGUCUUUGUUUUUGUUUUUGCUUCUGCCUCUGCUCCUGCCUCUGCUUCGUCUUUUGCUCUUGUUCUUGCUCCCAUCCAAUUAGUGUCUGUGUCUUGUCUUCAACCAUGGGUAAUGUUCCGGCAAAGGAAGAUAGGGGAAGUCCCUACUACGACCACAUCUAUUCACAGACCUCAAGUUCAAGAAGAAGGAAUGGUUCCCUCAGCGCUCUAAACGCGAGAGAAUUGAUUAACGCCUCUUCAAUCAAUUCCAAAUCUAACAAAAAAUCAUCCAAAGAAAAGGAAAUCUUAAAGGAAAACCACGUAAAAUCACUAAUAGUCAAACAUGAUCAAAAUGUCGACGGGGGAUAUAUGGCUCCUUAUGGAGUAUAUAAUUCAAAUUUAGAUUACAACACUGAGAUAGUCAAAAAUCUAAUAAUUGAUAGAAAAUUAGCUCCUUUUUACACUCCUCUACAAGAUUUCGAUCAUAAUUGGUCACAAGAUAAGUUACUAUCUAUAUUGAAGAAUAACAAUUUGCAUUCUGAAUUUCCUGAAAACUUGGAGGAUUACGACUCUUCUCUAUUACCCAAUUUACCUGAUAAAUCCUCAAAACAUUAUCAAAAGAGAUUGCAAUCAAGACAGUUUGUUCAAUCUCUAUAUCUAAAAAGAAUCCAAUGGCAAAACGAUGCUCAACAAAGAUUCAACAGAGAAAGAAAGUUAUCCUACAUAAACGGUUUCAAAAAAGAAAAUAUCCCCUCGAUUGAUCUAUUAUUGAAUUUGUAUAAAAAUCCAAUUGAAUGUCCAAUAUGUUUUCUAUUUUAUCCAAACCAUUUAAAUAAAUCUCGUUGCUGUCUACAACCAAUAUGCACUGAAUGCUUUGUUCAAAUUAAAAGACUAGAUCCCCAUCCUCCUCACGAUGAAAAUUCCUCAGAUCUAAAUACAAACUUGCAAUCAAGCUCACCACCAAACCCCCAGUCAAAUUCACAAUCAAACUCUAGUGUUCAAGAUCUAAUCUCUGAACCAGCAAAAUGCCCCUACUGUGCAAUGCCUGAUUUCGGUGUAACCUAUAAUCCUCCAAAUAAUAUCAAAACUGGUACCGCUGGUAUAAACCCCUGCGAUUAUUCUUCUUACCCCAAUAAUUUAUCAUCUACUCCGAUAUCUGAAGACGUAAUACAUAUAGAUUUUCCUUCUUCCUCCAAUAAUAAUAAUAAUAAUAAUAAUAAUAAUAAUAAUAAUAAACUCUUCUCUGAUAACCAUUCAACUGCUGAAAGUCGCUCAUCGAAAAAUUCUUCAAUAUUCAUCCACUCUCACUCAAAUUCAAAUUCAAAUUCAAUUUCAAACUCAAUUGCAAACUCGGUAAACUCUAAUUUCCCAAAUUCAAGCUCAGCGUCUAAUGAUAAUCAACUGGCUCCAUCAGACAUUUAUCAAAGAAAAAGAAGAUCUUCACUACCUGCUUCAUCUCCUUUAGUUGUCACCACUGAUUACAUAAGAUCUGACUGGGAAUCAAAAUUAACAUCUGCUAGAAUGAGAUUAGCAAGAAGAUGUGCUGCUGCUUCAGCUAUACACGCAUCUUCUUUAUUAUUCGAAAAUCAUGAAGGCUCAUCCUCCACUAAUAGAAGAAGAACUGAUUCCACAAAUGAUCUUGAGCAAAGAAUGAUUGAAGAAGCCCUACGAUUGUCUUUAUUAGAAGAAGAAGAUAGACAAGUCAAAGAAAGACAAAAAAAUAAAAAUAAGAAUAAGAAUUAAAAAAUAAAAAUAAUAAAAAUAAUAAAAAUAAGGUUAAAAGUUAAUUAAAACUUUAUAUCUCCAUUUUUACAAGAUAAGUUUUUUUACCUGUUUUAGAUUUACUAUCAAUCUUUUAUCAAAUCAGUUUUUAUUAUUUAACGCUUUUGAGUUUCUCUAUUUAGUUUCAUCUUCAUUUCUGCUUUCAAUUUAUUUUCAAUUUAUUUAUUAUAUUUGUCUUCAAUUUACUAUUGUUUUUACUUUUAUCUUUAUCUUUAUUUUAAUCUCUAUUUUAAUCUAUCUCUACCUUUGUCUCAAUUCCUAUCCCAAUUUUUUUUAUUAUUUAUACUAUUUUUACCAGUUUCCCUUUAUCUUGAAAAUAUAAAUACAAUCUUUAUGCUUUAAUUUCCGGUUAUUUUGAUACAUUUUAAUGGUUAUUUAUUUACUUGGUCCCUCUUCAUAUAUAUCUCUGAAUGAACUUAUAUGCUUCUUACACAACAAACGUCUUUUUU